CAGCGCGAGCCGAGUAAACUUGCACAUGAUAGUCAGUCGGGGUGUCGUGGUGACUAAUGAGUGCCAUCUGGUGCUGGGCAAUCACAACAACGGCCAUGGCCACCCGUGUGCAAGCACUAGCUCUUCUCCCCCUGUUCCUCCUCUUCUCCCCUGCGCCCGCAGCUGAUAGUAUCAGCGCAACCUCUCCCGUCGCCGAUGGCCAGACGCUCGUUUCUCCCGGUGGGGUCUUCGAGCUUGGGUUCUUCACCCCGCCGGCCUCGACGGCGAGGUUCUUGGGCAUCUGGUACAAGGGUAUCGCUCCUCUUACUGUUGUCUGGGUGGCCAACCGGGAAGCUCCCAUCACCGGCACCACCGCGAGCUUGGCCAUCAACGGCACCGGCAGCCUGGUUCUUGCCGACCGGUCAGGGCUCGCGUUCUGGUCGUCGGCGCCGUCAAACGUAACCAGCAGCACCCCGGUGGCCCAGCUCCUGGACAGCGGCAACUUCUUGCUUCAGGACUCCAACGGCACGGGGCCGGUUCUGUGGCAGAGCUUCGACUACCCGUCCGACACUCUGCUCCCGGGCAUGAAGCUCGGGUGGCACCUCACCACGGGGCUCGACCGGUACCUGACGACUUGGGCGAGCCCCGGCGACCCGUCGCUUGGCGGCUACACGUUCGCGAUCGACAUCCGCGGCGUGCCGGAGGGGUUCAUCAGGUACAACGGCACGGCGCCGGUGUACCGGAACGGGCCAUGGAACGGCCUGCGGUUCAGCGGCGAGCCGGAGAUGGCGCCGGACAACGGCAACUUCCGGUUCGAGUUCGUGGCCAACGGCACCAACGUUUACUACACGUUCCUGGUAGACGGCGGCGGCGGCGGGGACGUGGUCUCGAGGUUCGUGCUGAACCAGUCGAGCCUGCAGCGCUACGUGUGGCUGCAGCAGCAGCAGGCGUGGAGCCUCUACUGGUCGCUGCCCCGGGACCAGUGCGACCGCUACGCGCAGUGCGGCGCCUACGGCGUCUGCGACGCCAGCGCCUCGCCGAUGUGCGGCUGCCCCGCCGGGUUCGCGCCGGCCUCGCCGCGGGAGUGGGCGCUGAGGGACGGCUCGGCCGGGUGCGCGCGCAGGACGCGGCUCAACUGCACCGGGGACGGCUUCCUGCCGCUGCGGGGCGUCAAGCUGCCCGACGCCACCAACGCGACGGCGGACGCCAGCGUCAGCCUCGAUCAGUGCCGGCAGCGGUGCCUGGCGAACUGUUCUUGCCUGGCGUACUCUGCGUCGAGCAUCAAGGGUGGCGAGAGCGGCUGCAUCAUGUGGAGCUCGUCGCUGAUCGACGUCCGGCAGUUUGAAUCCGGCGGGCAGAAUCUGUUUGUUCGUCUCGCGGCAUCCGAUUUACCUUCCAAUGGAGACAAUCCCAGCAGGAGAAACACAGCACUUGCUAUUGGCCUCAGCUUAUCCGGUCUUCUUCUUUUCGGCCUCGGCGUAUUCUUUAUGUGGACCAAGUUCUUCAGAAGAAAAGGGAGGUACCAGAGCACACGACGGCUCACCUCAUUCGACUCGAGCAACCCUCUCGCUCCAGUCCAAGAUAGGAGCAUGGAAGACGAGUCGAGCCAGAGCAAAGGACUACAUGAUGUCACUCUCUUUGACAUGGCCGCGAUUGCCUCUUCCACCGACAACUUCGCGGCGUCGGCCAAGCUCGGCGAAGGCGGUUUCGGCGCGGUCUACAAGGGUGAGCUUGGGGGAGGGCAGAAGGUGGCGGUGAAACGGCUGUCCAAGUACUCGACGCAGGGCCUGGACGAGUUCAAGAACGAGGUGGUGCUCAUCGCCAAGCUCCAGCACGUGAACCUCGUCAGGCUCUUGGGUUGCUGCGUCCAUGGAGAGGAGAGGAUCCUGGUGUACGAGUACAUGGAGAACAAGAGCCUGGACACGCUGCUCUUCGAUAAGGCUCGAUCGGCGCAACUGGACUGGCCGAAGCGGUUUCACAUCGUACUGGGCGUCGCACGGGGGCUCCUGUACCUGCACCAGGACUCGAGGUUCAAGGUCAUCCACCGGGACCUCAAGGCCGGCAACGUCCUCCUCGACGGCGACAUGAACCCCAAGAUCUCCGACUUCGGCGUAGCCAGGAUCUUCGGUGGCGACGACGCCGACUCACACACCCGAAGGGUCGUCGGGACAUACGGGUACAUGUCCCCCGAGUACGCCAUGGACGGCGUCUUCUCGGUCAAGUCCGACGUGUUCAGCUUCGGCGUGCUGGUGCUGGAGGUCGUCAGCGGCAGGAAGAACCGGGGAAUGUGCGGCAGCGGCGAGCAGACGAGCCUGCUCAGCCACGCAUGGAAGCUGUGGAGGGAGGGCAACGCGCUGGCGCUGCUAGACGAGGUGGUGGCCAGCGGCGGCGGCGACCGGGAGUCGGAGGAGGUGCUGCGGUGCGUGCAGGUCGGGCUGCUGUGCGUGCAGGAACGGGCGGAGGACCGGCCGCACAUGGCCACGGUGUUCCUGAUGCUGGCCAACCUGAGCGCGGUGAUGCCACAGCCGAGGCACCCGGGCUACUGCAGCGACCGGGGAUCAACCUCCACCGACGGCGACUGCUCGUUGAGCUGCACCGCUAAUGAAAUCACCCUCACCGUCGUCGAGGGCCGGUGACACCACGGUGCAUUCGGUUAGCUUAAAAACUGGUUCCGUAAGUACGGUUUUGAUACUUCGGUAAUUAGCAAAUAUUUGGUUCCACUGUGCUAUAUACUACUAGCAAAUAUUUAGGAUGAUUAUACCAUAUUUUUUUGAGCCGAUGUAUCUCUACUCCUAAUGUCUCAGUUGGUAGUCUCCGUUUCGGGUUUAUUUUCGUCCCACCUCCCACCUUCGCUUGGUUUUUUUUCGUCGUUCUUUUUUCGUCCGGUUCUUUUCCCCCGCAGCACCGGUCUUUUUUCAAUAGAGAUACUACACGACAUGCAACGCCACCCCGCUCGAUCUAGAUCUCGGCGGCGGCGGCGGCGGCUCCUCCCUCUAUUCGCGCACCGACGGAUCCCCCGGAGCCCUCCCCACCUCCUCCCUUCUCAGCGCCCAUAUCACUACCCCUAUGGUGAUUCGAGCCGUAGUGGAGGUGACGGAAGUCCGACGGCGUCGGCUUGCCAGAGAUGAAGAGGACAACCCAGUGCUGCGGUACUUGGGAGGAGGAAUUGGCGACGGAGGUGGCUCCACCUAGAUGUCGCCGACCGCCCACCGGAAGGAAUCGAAGCGGGACGAUGUGGUUCACUGGCCAACGCGGGGCAGGAGGCGGCCAUGGCGUUCCCGGCCGUGGCGGUGUUUCUCGAUCCGAAGAGGAGACGUCCUCCAAUCAGCUCCGCCCUCUCCCCCGCCGGCUUCGCCCUCCACUCACCUUCUUUCCUUAAAGCGGGGAGGCCCCAGAUUGAGUCGAGCAAGUCAGCAGGCCGGCGGCCAGAUCCGCCACAGCCACAUCUUGUUGAGAUGGGUCGCACCGGGAGAGGUAGAUCGAGGGGGCGGACACCGGUGUUGGGUGUCCGAGGACUGGUGUGGCAGCCGGCGGUUUGAUUCCGUGGUGGAGGAGGCCUUGACCAUGGUCGGGGCAUCCGCUUGAUCUCACGCCUCCCCUGGCCACCGCCACCGCUCGAUUCCAUGCCUCCACCAGCCGCCGCCGUUUGAGCACACGGUCGCGAGAAUGGGAGACGAUUCUGACGGGCGUAUGAGCCAUCAUCCUCCAGUCAGCAUCAUGGACGGUACUAGAUGCAGCAGCGGGACCUUACCCCUGCUCUCGGCUAUGAGACGCCUGGUGAUGUAUCAAAUUCUGUCCUGCAAAAUAAAGGAGCGCUGAGGAUGAUGGUUUUCAUGUUGCCUUGGAUCAUGCUGGUUCGGUAGUGGCCUCUAAUAUGUCAGAUAGUCCAUGUCAUUGGACAUCGUCGGGCUGGCGGAGAGCAUGUCCGCGGUCGAUCUGGAGGUCGUGUUCGGCUCCAUCGGCCGCGUCACCGGCUCCGAGUUCGUGCGCACUAGCGGCCGCAGCUUCGUCUACAUUGCCACUGCCCCUCCCACAAGGUCAUGACGAAGUUGUUCUCCACCGUAAUCAUCAACAAUCUCAUUGUAACUAUGUUUCUACACCUCGGCAACAAUUAAUAGUAGCAGAUUGGGGUUUUGUUGAUUUUCCACAUUAGCCAUGUGUAUUCUGUGGUUUGAAUGGAGAAGUUUGUGUUUGAGGCGAGUAGAGUUUUACCAACUUAAUAACAGAGGGUGGUGCUUGCAGUUGCUGUGGGUGCUGAUUGUUCCCCAGUCUCAGUUUCUUGGAAUGGCGGUUCAAGAAGGGACAUCAUCGUGUGGCUUGCGUGACCAUAGGGCUCUUGACCAAGCCGAGCGAAUUAAUUUUCACAGCUCACUGGUACUGCAAUUUUAUGGUGCGAGUGUCUCUUGACCAUAGGGCAUCUGAACCAUUGUGUUGAUUGCCAUGUUGUCAGUUGUCACUUUACAGUCCUAGAAGUUUUGCUUGAAAAUCUCAGAAUAUCAGAAUUCCAGCAUUUCAAAAGCUAAACAACACGAUGUUCCUAAAAAGAUGUUGUUUUGCUUGCAGAAUAUAAUUAGUUUUGAAUUAUUUUGUAGUGAAAAGGUCUGUACACAAGGUUUGUUGUGUAUUUUGUAGUUACCUCCAUUGAUUGUAUCGUACUGAGUGCUGUAUGUAGUGAGUUGGGCGUGUGUGUCCUGUGGAGGCGCUGUGCACCUUCAGGGUCAAGAUGGCCAUCUACUGUCGAGCUUCGCCGCCUCACGCAGCAGGACUGACUCUGAUAACCUGUUCAGAGCAGGUUCGAUCCAAUCUACCUUUUAUUUCCAUGGCCUUCCUACCUCCACCCCUAUUAUUGCUAUUUUACUCAGUGCGUGUUUUGAGAAGAUCAGGCUGCAUGUUGUUCUAUACUUCUUUACCUUUGAAAAGUUCUUACCUUGGUUUUUAUACAUCAUUUAGCAUGGGUAAACUAAUAAACUUUAAUCAUGGAGAAGGACAGGAGCUUGCACAGAGUUUUUAGUAGAUGACGACAUAAAUUGUGGCAUUGGUCGCAAUCUAGAAGUUUUUCAGGUGAGUGACAUGGUUUAAUUUGGAGAAGCACGAGCUAGGAUGCAGUCACAUAUUUUUUAAUGGUUCCUGCCUAUUCCUUGUGGUAUUAUCAAUAUUUUCUAAUUGAAUUGAAUUUCUAUGUGAUAACCUUCUAGAUCCAAAUCCUACUUCAGAAAGUGUAUAUGAGCAAAGGUCUGCACCUAAACGUUAUCAGAAGUGAGGUCUUAGACAAGACGAAGGGCAUGACCGAUGGCACCAGCGGGAGGCGAGUGCCGGUGGAGAUAAGUGAGAAAAGGAGUAGCGCGAGGCGGUAGACAGCCUUGAAGAGGAUGAGAGGGCCUGCUACUGGGGUUUGCUCCUAGGUAUUUUUGGAUCAGUGCCGGCGGUCCAGGUAUCUUCUUCUGUCUCUGGAUCCUAAACUGUAUAUCUCUAAUCUGCAAUGACAUGCAGUAGUGACGGCUACAAGUGUGUGGCUGCUCCAGUGCCGCCGCAUACUCCAGUACAGCCCAAACGUGGAUGCAGGUGGAUGUGGGCACCAUGGCCGCCACCAAGGAUGUGGGGGUCGCGCCACAACCGGCGUGGACGCGGUGGGCGCGCCGAAACUGUCAAGGACACGGGAGCCACACUGCAGCCUUAGUGUUUUCCCUAAUUUCUUUAGGUAUGUGAGGUCGAUUUAAUAUUCACAUAUAUGCUGAAAUUUUGACAUUGAUGAACCAGCAAUCGAGUUAUAUGAAA